UCAAUGAACCUAUGUUUCAUAACGAAAAUCGCCGCGACGAUGGGAAUAGGCACCACGACAAUGGUGUCGUCGGUGUUGGGUAAAAGGUCGCGUAUGCGAACAUACGCAAACCGCGUUAGGAAAGACAGAGCGGAUGCACCAGCAAAGAUAGUCUGUAUUGAAGUUGUCAAUCCUCUGCAAGACAUUACGAACGUCCUCCCUGUCGCGCCUCUGCCGGCGCCGAAAAGCAAAAGGUCAAUUACAGACUAUUUCGCAAAACCAACAGCUUCAGCAAACCCCUCAUCCUCUGACACCAACCCCUCAUCUGAUCAGCCCCAAGAACACAUCCAUUCCAGCACUUCCUCUUCGUCGACAACUCUCCCAUCUUCACCAUCUCCUUUGGAACCAUAUCAUACCGGCAUAAAGCCACAAAGUCGAAAACGUCGGAGGUUAACGACAAGGCCUCGGGCUAUCCAAGCAACAAGACCUCAAACCAACAAACCGGACAAAAUGAUGUCUCCUGAAGACUACGAUGGUCCUGUAUUUAGCAGCGACUCAGACAGUUCCUAUUCUUCCAGCUGGGAGGGUAGUAUUGUCGACGGAUACACUACAGCCCAGGAUGCUACGACCCAGGGCAACCUCGCCAAACAUCCCAUGGCUACCGCGAUCUUUCGAUCUAACUCAUUUACGAGCUCUCCUUCCAAGGGUCCUAAGGAGACCGGAAGAGCUCGAUCCAAGACGAGGGCAGGUGGGGAGGGUAUGGUUGGAGAAUUUUCCGACAUGGUCUACCCCAUUCCAGCCAACUACAGCUAUCUCAUCAUGCCUCCUCGGGCCUCUACGACUCCCACCGAAGGCUCUAAGGGUCUUGGAAGAGCUCGAUCCAAUACAACAGCGGGCCGUGAUGCUGAGAAGGCUUACCCGAUUCCAGCUUACUCUGAUUCUUCCAGCAAGACUGAUGUUACCCUAGCUAGACCCAGCAAUGGAGGAAAUGAGGGCGGACAGAAGGAGAAUACCAAACCUAGCAAACUUGUUCAAACCCAGAUCAACCUUGGCCAGAAUCCCAUCACCACUUGCAACGUCUGCAAAUUCACACUCAACCGUACCGUCGUUGAGGACGUCAAGGCCCACGACAAAUUUCACCAGGCGUUUGUUAACCUUGCCGAGAAGCUUGAUAUGGAUGAAUUCUAAAGACACAAGAAGUUUGAUGGGUUUUGCGCCGAGACAGUUACAAGCACAUAUCGGUGUCCAGGCUUGAGCUUUGUUACAGGUUCAUUCAUGCGGAGUUAGGUUUCGGGGGUUUGGGGUGUCAGGCAUAUUCACGAGGUCGGCAUAUUCAUGGGGUCAGGCAUAUUCACGGGCGUCGGCGCAUUAUACCCUACAAUUGUGAUUACUAGCUAGGUAUAUUG